AUCUCGGUCCUCGAGGUAAUUUUGCGAGCAGAAAAACCGUCCCAAGUGGAAGGAGUACAUCAAGCUAUCGAUUUAGGGAGGGCCUACACAAUCCCUCCCAUUUACGAGCGUUCAACGGCCAGCAACAUUUCAUUUGAGCGAGGAGGCGAGUUUACAUUGCCACUUAGCAAAGGAACGAAUCUAUUCCAGGUAACAGCACCAUGCAACCGAAAAGAGAAUCUGUCAUUUGCUUCUCAUGGCGUGAACGUGCAGCCUGUGUCGACGGCUAUGGCGAAAGCAGUUGUCACGGAUUCAUUGGAGACACCGGUGAUGGAGAUGAAGGAUCCCUGGGGUCCACAGAGUGUCAAGACCUCAUCAAGCAACGAGGAGGAGAACACAGUCUUUUCAAUUUGGGAGGAGAAUUAUCAGGACCUGAGCAACUUCUGUAUGGGCGCGUUCCAGGGACAAUGCGCUUUUCUUAUAGGUGAAUCUGAGGCAACAGCAUAUUUAGGUGGGAAAAUCGACGAUAAGAGCGUUUCAACGACUUUGGGGACAGUUGAAGUGGGCCAGGGGGUAACUUACGGGAGUAAAACAUUGGAGGAGAACAAAGACAUAAUGGAGGGUGGGAGGGAUAUAAUUAACACACAAAUGAUCCAUAAAUACAAACCCAAGGAGGAGAAAAUUGACGAGUCUGCGGAUAUACCGGACGUUUGGUUGGAUUCGCCUAAAUCAUCGAUAGCAUUGAGAACCGACGAGUGGAUUAAGUUGGAGGAUAGUGAUAGGGUGGAUGAGCCUCUUCCGAGGGAGAACUGGGACGGUAUUAAUACAUUCGACAACACUGGACUGAAUUCGUUCGAUCUGCUAUCUUACUUGUGCGAUGAUGAAAUCCAAUCGCAAGACGGUAGUGUCUCAACAGACUCAGCCAGUGUAUCCACCCAAAACUUACUUCAACACCCAACAUUCAGCAAUGUAAAACCAAUAAAAAUUGAGGGCAAACCGGAAACAAUAACAUCAUUAAGUUUAUCAGGCUCGAGUGCACACUUGGACAGCUCGCGGCCAUCGUCAUCGAGGACGACAAGAGCAAGAUCCACCCCGAAAAGAUUCAAGACUGAGCCGACGAUCGAGCCAACGUACGCCAGGACGACGAAUCGGGGGAAGAAACGAUCUCUCGAGAGUGAUUCAGACGACAGAAUGUCAGACUGCAGUUAUCGCGAGAACAGGGAGAAGAAUAACGAGGCAUCACGAAAAUCCAGGAUGAACAAGAAGGCGAAGGAGAGUGAGAUGAUGGCGAGAGCUGGACAGCUCGAGAAGGACAAUAGACUUUUAAAGAUGAAAGUGGAGGCGCUCGAGAAAAUGGUUACGUCCUUGAGAGCUGCUAUAUUGCAAUCAGCCUUGAAGAAGUAAUUUCAUAUUCAACGUAACAUCAACAACUAUUUUAUUAUUUCAAAGUUGAACUUGUUAUGAGUAAUUCAACGUAUACAGAAAAAAUUGUAUUUUGCUUAAUUUUUUUUUCUGAAAUUGACACAACUAUUUGAUAUAGUUAAGAGUUUAUGAGCAGAAAUAUUUUUUAUAAAAAUAUAAGGGAGGGGAUCCAUUAGAUCUGGAGUUAUGGAUCUUGCAUGAGAAGAUGAGUACAAUUUUCUGAGGAUUAUUUCGCUUAUAUCUCGUGGGCCUACAGAGAAAUAUCAGAACAUUUUCAUUGCUCGUGACAUUCUCGACAAGAAUGUCAUCUGAUGAAUUUUUUCAAACGAGUCCUUUUGAAGACAUUCGCGAAAUCACUUGGAAAUUAGUUUUGGACUGCUUUAGGACAUCACUGGAGUCAAUGUAGAGGAUUUCGUUUUGAAUUAUCUUAAUUUAUGAAAAAGGUGAUUGGGACGAAACUAAAUUAUAGGGAUGAGGUAUAUUUUUAUGGAUCAUUUUAUCCCGAAUUACUGUCGCACUCCUUCCGCUUGUUGAGCAAAUGAAAAUAUUGCAAAUUUUGAGGGAAUCGAGUGUUUACUAUUGUUGCCUAUAUUUUAAGCUUUUUCGCAAUGAUAGUUUUUAUUAUUAUCGAAUAUUGCUUUUUUAUUAUGUCAGCCUCGACUUGAUUCCAUUAGAGAUUUUAGAAAUAUACAAACAACACGUUUGUUAUAUUGUAUGUCUAUCCUGUCAAUAAAUGCAUGUUUCCAUCA